AUGAAACGACUUCAACUAGGGACUGUAGUCCUCGCCACUCUGUCUCUAUCAUGGAACGCGCACGCUUUCGCGAAUUAUUCGUCGAUAGACUCGAUGAAAGCCCAAUUAGCUCUCAUGGACGACCGACCUGACGAUUGUCCUCCUUGUUUUAAUUGUUUACUGCCCGCAUUUACUUGCGGACAAUAUUCUGACUGCAAUCAAUAUAAUGGCAAAUGCUCUUGUCCACCAGGAUUCGGUGGCGAUGACUGUCUCCAGCCAGUUUGUGGCUCUUUGGCAGAUGGAAAGGAUCGACCUAUGCGAACGACAGAUUCAUGCGCUUGCGAAGAUGGCUGGACAGGAAUCAACUGCAAUGUCUGCACGAACAACAAGGCAUGCAAUGCUCUAAUGCCAGAAAAAGAAGGAGGCGUCUGUUAUCAAAAUGGCGAGGUUGUAAAGGAAAACUACCAGAUGUGCGACGUCACAAACAGGAAGAUUCUGGAUAUCUUGGAUGGCAAGAAGCCCCAGGUUACUUUCACCUGCAACGCUGAAGUAGAGACCUGCGACUUCCAGUUCUGGGUCGACGAGAGAGAGUCGUUUUAUUGUUCCUUGGAUACUUGUACAUCGGGCGCGCAAAACGAUUAUGACCGCAACUCGACCAGCGCAAAAUGUGAAAACAUUGCUUGCAAGUGUGUUCCGGACCGAAUGCUUUGCGGUGAAAACGGAUCGGUUGACAUUUCGGACUUCCUCGACCAAGAAAUUAGAGGCCCUGCAACCUUCAACUGUGAGCAGAAGGAUGGUAGCAACGAAUGUACUUUCAAGGAGCCUCAAAUGGACUUGCUUAUUCAACAAAUGUUUGGAGAUAGCAGCAUUUUUAUCAAUUGUCAGGCGGGAGAAUGUCUUUACGAAACUGAGAUUCCAGGAUACGAACGCCCUAUCAAAAGAAUCAACACGCCUUUGAUCGCAGGUGUCAUUGCUGUUGCAUCUCUGUUUGUCGUUGGAGUUAUUCUUUUAGUUUGGUACUUGUCUCGAAGGCAAUUCAAAUACGGCCCUAUCCAUCUAGACGAUUCCGAUGACGAGAGCAUCAAGCUAAUGACCGAUCACAAGCCCGCCUCCCUAUACUUCGAGAAUGUUUCGUACAAUAUAAAUGGAAAGCAGAUCUUGACUGGUGUUCAAGGUGUAGCUCAUCCUGGCGAGAUUAUGGCCAUCAUGGGUGCAUCUGGAGCUGGUAAAACCACCUUUCUUGACAUUCUUGCUCGUAAAAAUAAGCGAGGUGUUGUUCAAGGAAAUUUCUAUGUCAAUGGCGAAAAGGUCACAGAUAACGAAUACAGAAGCGUCAUUGGGUUUGUUGAUCAAGAAGAUGCUAUGUUACCUACUCUUACCGUUCACGAAACGAUCAUGACUAGCGCUCUUUUGAGAUUGCCAAGAGACAUGGGAAGAUCAGCCAAGGAGCAGAGAGUCUUUGAAGUUGAGCGACAGCUUGGUAUCUCUCAUAUCAAGGAUUCCUUGAUUGGUUCUGAGGAUGGCAAAGGUCGCGGUAUUUCUGGUGGUGAAAAACGUCGAGUUGGAAUCGCUUGUGAAUUGGUUACCAGUCCAAGCAUACUGUUCCUCGAUGAGCCAACUAGUGGUCUCGAUGCAUACAACGCAUUCAACGUCAUCGAAUGUCUCGUCAACCUGGCUAAGGACUAUAAAAGAACGGUUAUAUUUACCAUUCAUCAACCAAGAUCCAACAUUGUGGCUUUGUUCGAUAGAUUACUCCUUCUUGCAAAAGGGAGAACGGUCUAUUCUGGUGAGUUCAAUCUUUGUCAAGAAUACUUCGAUCAUAUUGGUUACGCCUGCCCACCUGGAUUCAACAUUGCCGACUACUUGGUUGAUUUGACAAUGCAUGUUGGUACACCUCGUACCCCGAUUGAUGAUACUACAUCCGAUUUCAGACACGGUGUUACACCAAGCGUUGGAGCAAGCAGCACUAGAGCGGUUAAGUCAAUUGCAAGCAUCUCUGGCGGUAGCAUUGAGGAGCCUGUUGUUGGUAGCCCAAGCGAGUCCUUGUUAAGACCUAAGGGCAAACGUCGUGACUCUGUAAGGGCAAAGCAAGAACGUGAACUUUUCACUCGUAAGAAGAGUGGAGUCGAGACUCCUACUUCUCAACCUGAUGAGGCACCUGUAGACCCAGAGGCGAAUCAGCAUUGGCUUAGGAUGUCAAGACAACAUUCAUCGAUUGCCGAAGAUCCAGAUAAUUUACCACCUGAUGCACCUGGAUCUGGUUCAGAUUUGGAUGUUCUGGUAUCUUCUUAUGCACAAUCUCCAAUCGCCAGAGAUCUUCAGGAUGACCUCAAAAAUGCUGUUUUCGCCGCUCAAAAUGCCAAUGGAACCACGAAUGGACAUGUACAGGAUAACAGCGCAAUGGCCACAACUACGAUGGGCAGAGGAUAUGCAAGAGUUGGAUACCUUCGACAAUUUGUUAUUCUUUCACAACGUACCUGGCGCAAUCUUUACCGAAAUCCGAUGUUGAUGUUGACACACUACGCAAUCGCAAUAUUGUUGGCUGUACUCUCUGGAUUCUUGUUUUAUGGCCUGACAGACGACAUUCCGGGAUUCCAAAAUCGCUUGGGACUUUUCUUCUUCAUUCUGGCGCUUUUCGGUUUCAGUACCCUCUCCAGUCUGAACGUCUUUGCUACCGAGCGAAUGGUUUUUGUCAGAGAAAGAGCAAAUGGCUACUACUCUCCUGUCACGUAUUUUUUCGCCAAAGUUCUCUUCGAUAUCGUACCACUCCGAAUUAUUCCUCCUCUCAUUAUGGGCUCUAUUUUAUACCCUAUGACUGGACUUGUAGCUGAAGCUCCCAAUUUCUUCAAAUUUCUUCUCAUCCUCGUCCUCUUCAAUCUUGCAGCGGCCGCAAUCUGUCUCUUCCUUGGUAUUGUCUUCAAAGAUAACGGCGUUGCAAGUCUCAUCGGAAGUCUUGUCAUGCUAUUUAGUCUCCUCUUUGCCGGUCUUCUACUCAACCAUGAUGCUAUCCCCAAAUCCGCUCUUUGGCUACAAUCCUUAUCGAUUUUCCACUACGGCUUCGAAUCCUUGAUUGUCAAUGAAGUCACAUAUUUGACACUCGUGGAUCAGAAAUACAAACUCGACAUCACCGUUCCCGGCGCUGUAAUCUUGAGCAGUUUCGGAUUCAACACACAGGCAUUCUGGCCAGAUGCAAUCAAUCUCGCUAUUUUCGCUGGUGCCUUUAUCUUCUUAGCAUAUGUGGCGAUGCAUUUCUUGUUGGUAGAGAGACGGUAA